UUACAUAAAGUAUAAAGUACAGGCAAAGGAAUUUGAGGACAAAUGAUUAACCACAAGAAAUUGGGAAAAUGGAAACCAUUUUCAGCAACGACAUACGAGCCCCGAAUUAGCUGGAGAAGAUGGUGCACACGGGGCUGGGUUACCUAUCACGAGUGGACACGCCAGUGUGCAGUAUAGAUGGGCCCACAGUGAAUUCCUAUGCACUCCGCCUGUCUCAACUUAGAAUUCCGAUGUACCUGGCAGCUCGUCGAGAGAAAGUUGACCCUACUCGGCUACUCCAUGACUAGAUUUUCCACCUUUGGCGGUGGUGGAAACCCUAACUGAUAAAAGUAAGAAGCCCCUUCCAACUUCGUGGUACAUACUUCGAACAAUACUUUGGAAUUUGAAUUCCAUCCCAGUUACAUAUUGGCAAUAAUGGCAGUUAGGAUGAGAAAACUGGCAGUUCUCUGCUAUUCUAGUUCUAGCGUAGGAUGUGGCAAUGCGUCUAAGAAGAUUGGAUGGACGUGGGGACCUCGCCUACGUCAGCACGUAUCUAAAUUUUCCUCCGAUCAAAAUGUGUCAAGAAGUGUCACAAUCAAUUCAGAUGAUUGUGGCACAGAUUAUACAGACUUUCAUAAGUGGCGCAAUGGGGGUGGUUUUGUCCACAAAUCAGCACAGGUUGAUCCGACUGCAAUCAUAGAAAUUGGUGCAGUAGUUAAUCCAAAAUCUGUACUUGGUCCUCAUGUCCAUAUUGGACCAGGAGCUGUUAUAGGGCCUGCUGUUGUAAUUGGGGGUUCGACAAAAAUAGGGUAUAAUGUUGCACUUGGCAAUUGUUCUGUAGGCGAGUCAUGCAUUAUCCAUUUUGGAACAUGCAUUGGUCAAGAUGGUUUUGGGUUUUAUGUUGAUGAACAAGGAAACAUGUUGAAGAAGCCUCAACUGCUUUCUGCAAGGAUAGGGAACCACGUGGAAAUAGGAGCUAAUACAUGCAUUGAUAGGGGCAGUUGGAGGGAUACAGUUAUAGGAGACCAUUCUAAGAUUGACAAUUUAGUUCAGGUAGGCCACAAUGUAGUGAUUGGAAAGUGCUGCAUGCUUUGUGGACAAGUUGGUAUUGCAGGUUCAGUGACGAUGGGAGACUAUGUCACUUUGGGGGGAAAGGUAGCAGUACGAGAUCACGUCUCCAUUACAUCGAAGGUUCGUCUUGCAGCUAAUAGCUGUGUUACCAAAGACAUUACGGAACCAGGAGAGUAUGGUGGUUUUCCUGCUGUGCCUAUCAAUGAAUGGCGGAGACAAGUUGCUACCCAUCGUUGGAUUUUGAAGAAGGGCAUUCGUUGAUCUGCUUCUAUGGAAUAAAUCAAUGAGGUCAUGUGGGUCCUAUACGGGUGACAACGUGAAAAUAUGUUCUCAGUUGCAACUCUGAGAAUGCAAUAGAUAAUGGCUACCUACCAAAGAUUGAGGGAAAACUUCCACCACUUCAUGCAUUGUUCUCGGAUCUCUGUCUAAUCUGCAGCAUAACUGAUAAAGCAAAGUUGAAAAAUUGCUGUUGAUGUUGAAGUGCUUUAUGCUUGGGUUUGAAUGUCUUUUUUGGGAAUACUCAAAUAGUAGAUUGUGUAUCUCAAAAUGAAUUACAGAUAGACACACGAUACUAAUAAUUUAAAAUUGUCUCUAUAAUUAUAAUCCCAAUUUUUUUUUUA